AUGAAGUUCGUCUCGCAAAUACUAUUGGUCUCGGCCAUUUUUAGUCUUCCAGGACUUGUUUUGGGACUGGUGAAUCCUAUUAUCCCAGGAUUCAAUCCGGACCCUACGAUUAUCAGGGUCGGGAGUGAUUUCUUUUUGGCAACAAGCACUUUCGAAUUCUUCCCGGGCGUGCCCAUUUACCACUCUACAGACCUUGUCAAGUGGGAGAAUAUUGGGCAUGCGCUCACCCGGCCAUCACAGCUGAACCUGCGAGGAACGGCGCCCAGUGGUGGCAUUUUCGCACCCACUUUAAGACAUCAUGAAGGUGUUUUCUACCUGGUUGAUACAGUGUUUGACGUUAUCAGCCCUCCUGACAACGUUACACGAGUACCUAGGUCCUUUUAUGUGACCACCACCAACAUCUUCGAUGAGAACAGCUGGAGUGAGCCCACCUACGUCGAUCAAUGGGGAUUUGAUGGGGACAUUUUCUUCGAUGACGACGGCAAGGUCUACUUCACGUCUACGUUCUCGGAAUUCGUCGAGAAUGGAAACUUUGCCAACUGGAUCACUGAAAUUGACGUCAAAACCGGAGAUUCGUUGAGCAACUCUCGUCUACUUCAUACCACAACAGUUCCCCCUGAACUUGGCUACCCAUUGACCGAAGGCAGCCAUCUCUACAAGUUCAACGGAACUUAUUAUAUGAUAACAGCUGACUCCGGAACCGAAGCUAAUCAAAAAGCAAAUGUGUAUCGGUCAAAGAGCCUUGAAGGCCCCUGGGAAGGCAAUCCACAUAACCCAGUACUGUGGAACGGCGAGGAUAUGUCACUGCCAGUCCUCGCAACUGGUCAUGCGGAUAUUGUUGAUGAUACAGAAGGGAAUUGGUGGGCAGUGUUCCUCGCGAUCCGACCACAGAACCCUCGAAAUGAAAGUGGAUCUCCCCAGUUGGGCAGGGAAACCUUUCUCUGUCCGGUUACGUGGGACAAUGAUGGCUGGCCGAUUUUUAACAAUAAUGAACCCAUAACCGAGCAUUUACCUAAUGUUCUCUACGACCUGGACCGACCGUUAGUGUGGCGUGAUGAUUUCGACGGUGGUCUUGUGGACAAAUCUUACUACUACCUAAGAACACCGUACAAGGACUUCAAAGACUUCGAUUCAAGUCCCGGUAAGCUCCGCAUCAGAGGGAAUGUCUACACCUUAAACGAUCGAGAAACCCCCGCAGCGCUCCUACGCAAGCAAGUUGAUGUCAACACGACCUUCAGCACAGAAGUCGCCUCGUUUGAGCCCGAGAACUGGAGGCAGGAGGCUGGAGCAAGUAUUUAUCUCAGCAUCCAUUACCACAAUGAGAUUGCCCUUGCAUAUUCAAACAACACGGGAAAACGAGCCGUGUUGGUCCGCACAAGAACUGGGCCAGACGCGACAAUCAACACAACCUACGUGGAAGACGAAGAUGUUGCCAAUGGCGGACCCGUCAAGCUUUUCAUCGAGGCCAAGGACACAGGUUACCGUUUGGGCUAUUCAACCGGCUGUAAAGCUCCUCGUUGGUUGGCGAGUGUAGAAAAUCGUUGGUUGCAGUCGUAUGUCAAAGGCUGGCAAAACUUUGUCGGCAGCCACUUCGCAAUCUACAGCACAGGCACGCGACUUCCGACCCUGAAUGCCGCUGAUUUUGAGUACAUUCAAACAGAGUUGAACUGA